AUGUCAUCCUCCGAUGAAUGCAACCGCUCUGGCCGAGCGAAUACGCCAUCGCCGAAAAUUUGUGAAUUUUCAGACGACAAUUUAAAUAUAGAUAUAGAUGUACUUAUAAGUGAAGUCCAAUCAAGAGCCCUUCUUUGGGAUAAAAGCCUGGAUCAAUAUUCAGAUAGAAAUUUAAAAAGAGCGGCUUGGGAAGAAAUAUGUGUUUUAUUAUAUCCAGAUUUCAAUAAGAUCUCUAGGCAGCAACAAAAACAAAUUGGUAAGUAG